AUGCCUACAUAUCCCGCCUCAAUCCCGCAUCCCCGGAGUCUCCUCCUUCUCCAACCUACCUCCGCCCUGCCAUCAUUCCAUAAGGUGAGCUCGAAUGCCACACCGAGCCUAGCCUCCACUGCAUCCCUUCUUUUGCUUUUCAACGCCCAUUGGCAAUUGAAGACCUUACUUUUGAUAUUUCUUAAGGAAUAUGUCUGUCAGUUCUCAAUUCCUCCCGCAACUAGAAUAAAUUCAAUAAUUCUCCAUUUCUUAAAAUUUUCCACGUCUCCUCCGCGAGAGUCAGAUCCCCUUCCACAUGACUUCAACGCCAACAUUAACCUCUUCGUUGUCAAUCAUCUACACCGCUCAGGCUAUAAAACUCCACCCACCCCUAAUUCCGCUUCCGCACCGUCACGCGGUCGCAGGAGACAACACCAACCCCCAUGUAUCAUGAAGCUCGGGGCAAUAUAUCCGGGGAGAAAACAUAUAAGCGUGGAGGUGACCUCAGCGAAGAUGGAUAUCAAUCAAACCCCUGCGGAGACGACUCAAACUUGUAUCCAUUCAUUCACAACCGGUCUUCCUCAUUACCACCACCAGCUAUCCUAUAGGUCUCCCCUCCCUCUCCCUCUCAAUUCUCCCUCAAUUAGGCCCUCAACAUGUUCCAUCUCACCCCAUCCCAUCGUAUCCCAAUCCCAAAUCCCAUAUCAGAGAAAAUCAGGCCCCGAACCAGCGUAUCCCUACCACUCUGAGAAUAAGCACUCGCUGAAGAAGAGAUCCCAUAACCAAAAAGAUAUACGAAAUGCGAAGAAAACUCUACCGAUGCUCAACUCUAGCUGA